CUUUAAGGCUUCAAACAAAAGGCUCGAAGUUGCUACGAAGGCUGUUUUUCUGGCAGCUUGCUUGUGCUCAAAGUCUGCCAGAAAAACAGCCUUCGUAGCAACUUCGACCCUUUUGUUUGAAGCCUUAAAGAUAUCCAAUCUUUCAUCCAAUUCCUUGAAUUUGUAUAAAAACAUACCUAAUUUAACGUGGUAGAGGCUCCUGGACUCGACUCGCAUUCAUGCUUCUCGAAUUGAGCUCAAAAAUAGACUUCACAAACACGUUUCCAGACUUGGCCAUUUCUAGGCAGUUUCCCAGUUUUGGCAUAGCCUUUUGAUGAGGUUCAAAAAUGGUCUUCUGGACUUCCUAUCGAGCUAUCAAUCACUUCAAUAUGGAGAGGGACACUCCAGCUUCAAAACAAGUCAUUAGUCUUCAAUUUCCAUCUAGCCAAUUGUAUGAUAUGAAUAUCCAAAGUAAGCACCGUGAACUGUUUUUACACUGAGACAACAGAUUAGGUCGACCGAAUCCUAAAUGAGGUCGACCGGAUCCUAUAUGAGGUCGACCGAAUUCUAAAUGAGGUCGACCUAAUCCUAGCUGAGGUCGACCGGAAAGUGCAAGUCACCGUGACAUGCAUGUCACCGUAGGCACACCCUAAGUUUUUUAAGUGUUAGUCCCCUUCCAUGAGUUCUAUUUUUAAUUUUCAGUAAGAACUUAUGUUGAUGAACCGGUUAAAAUAUAAGAAAACUCGUUGAUGCAUGUUCUUUUUUUAUUUUCCCAUUAAUUGAAUAGUUCAAUAUUUUGACUUUUGAUAUCAAUAAAAAUAUAUCUUGUUUAGUACAAUUACAAUUGUUACUUAUGUGUUUGAAAUAAUGCAUCCAUCCAACUUGCAUGGUACUUUUAUUGAUGACCAAUCAGAAAAUAUUAUGAUGUUUAUUCAUUUUUUAUUUUUCACUAAUUUAAUAGUCCGUAAAUUUUUAGUUUUGGGAUAUUGCAUCCGACCAACGGGCCGGGUUUCAAUAUAGUUAAGAAAAUCCAAUUCCGACGUGGCGAACGAAAUAUAUCCUAAUCAUAGAUGGAUAGCAAGAUAAAGCAAAAUCAAGGAUAUCAUUUUUUUUUUUUUAAAAUUUUGGGAAAAGCUGAGGGGAAAAAAGCAGGGGAACUGGUGAAUGAACCAUCAAUUUCUUCCUCUGCCUUCCAUCCAUUUCUCAAAACGUGGGUUUUCCUUUAAAAUCUUCGCUCCAAAAUCUUCUCCCCCUGAAUCCAAUCCCCAUUUGCAGGGACGUCUACGAAUCCAGUCCUCCUCCAAUAUCUAGGGUUUCGAAUCCCUCUCCUUUCUCCUCUGGUUUCCUUUUUUGCAUUCGUUCCCUCAGCUGACUCUCCUUGGAGAAAAAGCUGAGUUGAUGAUGAUGAUGAUGGUAUAGAUAGGCCGGAGGAAUCUUUGUUCACUUUUUUGCCACCCCGCCUUUAAUUUCUGCUUCUGUAACAGAGAAUAUAUAAAAGGAGGGGGUUUGGUUUUCCGUCUAUCUGAUUCUGAUCCAAUUGGAGGGCUUGGCUGGGCGUAGGAUUCGUCUCUUCUUUUGACUUGAAUUCUCUGCUCCCGAGGUGUUCAUUGAUUUCUUCCCCGCUCUCUCUUUUAGCAGGAGGGAAAAGACGAGGAAAGUUGGCUGCUUUACUUUGUUUUCUGCAUUUUCUGUUUCUUUUAUUUUGUGGGUUUUGGAGGUAGAGGGGAAAAGGAGGUGUGGGAAUGCUGAUGAUAAUGAUGUGGAGAUAGAGAUUGGGGAGGUAAAGAAAGACAAAAGUGCGAGAUAGUUGAAAGAGAUGUUGGCAAUGGAGAAGGAUUUUGAUUCAAAGCUAAGGAUUCCAGGCGGGGGCGGCGGUUCUGUUACUAGCACCACCUCUUCAACGUCUUCUGCUGGUAAUAACAAUAGUGCUAGUAAUGGGAACCCACCGAGAUCUAAGAGUUUUGCUUUUAGGGCACCCCAGGAGAAUUUCUCCAUUCAGGAUUUUGAGCUGGGCAAGAUCUAUGGCGUUGGUUCUUAUUCAAAGGUGGUGAGGGCCAAAAAGAAGGAUUCUGGAAUUGUAUAUGCGUUGAAGAUCAUGGACAAAAAGUUCAUCACAAAAGAAAAUAAAACAGCUUAUGUGAAGUUGGAAAGAAUAGUGCUUGAUCAAUUGGAUCAUCCAGGAGUUGUUCGCCUGUAUUUUACUUUUCAAGAUACAUUUUCCUUGUAUAUGGCACUUGAAUCCUGCGAAGGUGGAGAACUUUUUGACCAAAUAACUAGGAAACGCCGUUUAUCAGAGGAAGAAGCUCGAUUUUAUGCGGCUGAAGUUGUAGAUGCUCUUGAAUACAUACACAAGAUGGGGUUAAUUCACCGAGACAUCAAGCCGGAGAACUUGCUUCUAACAGCAGAUGGACAUAUAAAAAUUGCUGAUUUUGGAAGUGUAAAACCAAUGCAAGAGAGUCGCAUUACUGUGCUCCCAAAUGCAGCUUCUGAUGAUAAAGCUUGCACAUUUGUGGGCACCGCUGCAUAUGUACCUCCAGAAGUCCUCAAUUCUUCCCCUGCAACUUUUGGAAAUGACCUCUGGGCACUUGGAUGCACAUUGUACCAGAUGCUUUCAGGAACUUCUCCGUUCAGAGAUGCAAGUGAAUGGCUUAUAUUUCAAAGAAUUAUAGCCAGGGAUGUAAGGUUUCCUGAUCAUUUUUCAAAAGAAGCUAGAGACCUCAUAGAUAGAUUGUUGGACACUGAACCUGUAAGAAGACCAGGUGCUGGCCCUGAUGGUUAUGCAACUCUCAAGAAGCAUCCUUUCUUUAAAGGAGUUGACUGGGAUAAUUUAAGAUCACAAACCCCUCCGGAACUCGCUGCUGACCCAACUGCACAGUCAGGUGAUGGUGUUGAGCCUGAUUCAUGGAAUCCUGCACAUGUUGGUGACUGCUCAGGUCCAAAUGAUGGGAAUGUUCCUACUGCUUCAUAUUUAGCUGAAGGAUCUGGUCACAUAACACGUCUUGCCUCGAUUGACUCGUUCGAUUCUAAAUGGCAACAGUUUUUGGAUCCUGGGGAGUCUGUAAUUAUGAUCUCCAUGGUGAAGAAAUUACAGAAGUUGACAAGCAAGAAGGUGCAGCUUAUCCUCACCAACAAACCGAAGCUGAUCUAUGUAGACCCUUCAAAGCUUGUGGUGAAGGGCAAUAUAAUCUGGUCUGACAAUUCUGACGACCUCAACAUCCAAGUCAUCAGCCCUUCAAAUUUCAAGAUCUUUACGCCGAAGAAGGUACUGUCAUUCGAAGACGCGAAACAGAGAGCGUCGCAGUGGAAAAAGGCAAUCGAGAGUCUACAAAACCGGUGAGAGAAUCUGAUCCCAUCUCUCGCGGUUUUGAAGUUGGUACAGAGUACAGAGCAAUUAACAUAGAUGACAGAAUGGUGAGGUGGGAGAAGAUAGAUUCCUUAUUCAAAUUGAAGCCUCCCACAAAAGCUAAAGCUUCAUUGUUACUAUUUUUUUGCCCCCGACAAAUGAAAGAGAUUACUACUGGUUCAAGGGCAGAAAAUGUUCUCCCUGAAGUUGGUUCGUGUACAAUACAAUGCAGAGUAAUCUAGUUUUGGCAGGAAGUUGGCCCAAGGGGAUUUGAGUUUUUUUUUUCUUCCUGUUUUUCCUUUCUUUCCCUACCUUUUUUGUGACUUUUAACCUCACUUGUUACACUACUGUAUUUAUGUAACGUUACAACAACGCCUCAAUGGUAAUAUAUAUUUUCAGGUGAGGAUGAUUCUUCAUUCUUUGAAGCUGUUCUUGUUGUCAUGGUUCAUUUUACCUGUGAUCUUAGGUAGCUUUUCCUUUAAUCUCACCAAGUGUAAGCUUCGGUCUUCAUACUUCUUUUCGAUUCGAUUGCGCGAUAUCAAUGGAGAAUGAUUCCCACACUUCUGCAUUGGUUUAACCGUGAUGUAAUCGGAAUUUCUCGAUUACGAAUCAGGUGCAUAACUCGAGAAGCUUAUACCCGAGUCCGGAAGGGUAUGUCGAAAACUAGCAGCUGGGAAAAAUCUAAUAACUGGUACAAUCAACA